AUGGGAGCAUGUUGAGGAGAGCAGGCGCGCCUCUCGUUUCCAUACUCUCGCACACCACAGCGACGGCCCGGGCCCGGAGGCCCACAUAUGCUCUGAUGAUUCUCAUCGCAAUCCGCAACCACGUCUUGGACCUCGAUGCCGUCAGCGUGGCGCCGCUCGGUAAGGCGCCGCGCGCCCGUGAGCGAGCGGGAGGAGGGCCGGCGGGAGCUGGGGCGUAGGGUGGAGGAGCUGGAGGAGGCGGUCGAGGGGCUUCGUGGGGAGAAGAACGCGGCGGAGGCGGAGGAAGCGGCGCUGUGCGCGGAGCUGAACGCGGAGCGCGGUGCGGCGGAGUCCGCGGCGCGCGAGACCAUGUCGAUGAUCGAGCGGCUUCAGCGGGAGAAGGCGGCCGCGCUCCUGGAAGCGCGCCAGUUCCGCCGACUGGCCGAGGGACGCGUCGAGCGCGACCGGCAGCUCCACAACGAGCUCGCGUCGUUGUCGGCCCUCGCCGGCGGUUACCUCGCCCUCCUCCACGCCCACGGCAUCGGCCCCGCCGACGAGAACUGUUACCAUGAGGAGGAGCGUCCCGUAGAAGUAGAACACGUCGAACCGAAGGUCGACGGGGAGUGUAGCGGCGCUGGCGGCGAGAGUGUCAUGGUGGUCAAGAAGUCGGUCCCGCCGCCUCCCGCGGAGGAGAUGGAGUACACGAAAGACAUGGGGUGCGCGGCCGCGGCGAAGGCCGUGGCUGUGGAGUACACGGAAGAGGAGCGCGUGGAUGGCGCGCUGGACCUGUACGCGAGGGUCGAGGCGCUGGAGGCGGGCAGGGCGGCCACACGGAGGGAGGUGGCGGCGCUGCGAGCCGAGCCAGCGCGAGCGGUGCUAGCAAGGGACAUGGCACGGCGCCUGUGUCGUGAAUCCGCGGCCGUCACGAUGGCGCAGAAGCCGCGCUUCUCCGUGGUCGCCAUUUGCGAGUGGUUCUUCCCCAUGAUCCUAAGGAGCAAGAGAUGUUUUACGGCCAGGUCCGCGCAAGUGGCGCUUCUGACCAAAAAUGUUCUUCUGUCUUUCAGUCGCAGUUUUCACAAGACGCGAAGAACGUUUCCUGAAUCUCUCACGCUGGCGUUUGGCUUGUCGUCGGCGCUCCUCGGCAUGCUUCUACUUCUAGAGAGAUUCACGGCUGCAGCGCAUCGCCGCCGGCGAUCAUUGCUGGACUCAUAGCAGCUGUUGAUAGGCUAUAUAUAGGUCCUGCAACCAAAAGCAUGUGAUUCAAGCACGUCUUCUAACUUACUGUACAUUUGAAGUGCCGCGUAAACAAUAAUCCGUAAUGCAGUUUUUCUUUUAAUGUUGGUA